ACUCCACUCCCCGCUGACCAGAGAAAACACCCGAUAGCGAAUGCGAGAGGGGAUUUAAAUUAGACAAAAACCGUCCGCUUUAGUUGACGGACCAGGCUGUCCUUUGCGUUCUCAUGCGGGUUGGUAUCGUCCGCGGGUUCGUGUAUCAGAGGAACGGCUCAGCGUUGGCGCAGAGCGACGGUAGCUGGGCUGUAAUGUCGGCAGCGUUGGACUUGUUUUCCCCCGUAGACCUCGCUUCCUGUUAGCCUCGGGCUCGCUGGAAAAUCGACAUUAUGUUAAUGACCGAGCAGGUAUAGUUAGCCAACACAAAAGAGGGAGUGUAACUUUGCUGCCUGCGAUAGACAGUCCUUCCACCUGACUUCUAUUUUUCCUCAUAAAUCUAUGCUGAUAACUUUUAUUUAAUGCCUAGUAUCCGGGUUAGUUUGCUAGCGCUCCUCAGCUAGCCAUCUUUGCUCGGGUUGACGGCUUGAAGUGUUGAACUUGGUUGGGUUUUGAUGACAAAGAGCAGGCGGUGUUAAGUUGAUGUUAAAUAUACGCGUUUGGAACGGGCUCACUCGUGUAACCAGUGCCUAUAAAAUACUUUAAUUUCUUAUAACAGUGUUCAAAGCGAGAGACAAAAGGAAGAAAAAGGUUUGUUCUGGUAUUGAGGAACAUAAUUGAUUUUUGUUGUCGAUUUUUUUUUGUAGAGCACACAGAAGCUGUAUUACUUUAUUGGUUGCAAUUGUGUUUAAGAAAAAUAAACUGAAAUAACGUUUUUCCACACAGUGAUAGCGGAUGGAGCAGAAGCAGAUUGUGUCUGCAUGCUUUUUAAGGGCUGUGCUUCCCUGAACCUGGAGCUUCCAGGUUUAUUUAAUUUAAUUAAAUACUUAUUUAAAUGCAUCAGAAAUUGCUAAGAGUAGUUGGUCUUCUCAAGUAAUAGCUCAGUUGGUCGCGGAGAAGCGGUUGCAUCUAGUCCACCUCCUCAUCCGCCCAUUUAUCCAUCCACCACCGCCCACCUCCUCUCCGGCCAUGGACCCCCCCAGGACUCGGUCGCGGUCUCGAUCUGGCUUCUAUCAUUUCUCCAUGAACGGCAACGUUGGAGGCAACGACGGGGGCUUGAUGAACGCCAGCGGAGGAGGGGUGAGCUACCCGCCGCCAAGUAACCCCGGCUGGGCGCCGCACCACGGAGGACGGAGCUACCAGGAGAGCCAGCAGCAGCAGCAGCAGCCGCUGCCGCCGCCGCAACAGCACGCCCAGGGGAGCUACCUGUCCGCGGGGGUGCAGCGCCACUCUGCACACGGAGCUCACAGACACCCCGGGGCAGGAGGGCUGCUGCAUUUUCAUCCAGAUAAUGUGUGCAGUGAUGAUCGAGACAAAAUGGAGGACAGCCCAAGCCCCAAAAGGCAGCGCCUUUCCCAGCAGUCCAUGUUGGACCUCGGCUCGGCUCCUCCCUCCACUCCUUCCUCUCCCAUUCGGCCGUGGGAGCUGCCCCCUAGCCGAAGGCCGCACCCCCACUACUUGCCAGAGAGAUGCCACACACCUGUCAGAAACCGCCGCAGUCCUCCAAUGAGACGCCAGCGUGGCCGGCGAGACCGUCUGACCCGCCACCACCACCACUAUAACGGCAACAACAAUCACCACCACCAUCACCACCCAAACAGCCACCACCAUCACCACCAUCUUCACUCCCACCACGGCCCGUCGCCGGGACAUCAGGAUGAAAACUACCGCCACCCAGCUCCUCCUCAGGGUUACCCACCCUACAGCCAGCAACCUCCCCGAGGGCCGGGCUCCGGCCCCGAAGACCGUCCUGGUUACCAUCCCCCCAACCCCUCCCCGAGGCCGCUGCACCAGUCACCGAACCUGUCGCCCAGGCUGCUGCACCCUGGAGCCCAUCCGCAGCACCCACACCCCCACCCGUCCCAGCAACAGAGCAGUGGGGUCCUAGACCUCCAGGAACAGGGUUCGGUUCCGGUAUCGUACCCGGUCUCCCCUCCGGGUGUGCCGCCCGGCCUGCCGCCUCGCUCUGCCCCCCAGCAGAUCCCAGCAUGCUCUGUGGUUUUCAGCGGGCAGCACUAUCCCGUCUGCAGCGUCCCUCCUCCUGUUCUUCAGACUUGUUCCGUUCAGCAUUUGCCCAUGCCCUACCCGUUCCCCUCGUUGCUGUCCAGUGACCCGACCUUCUUGAUCCCCCCUCCUCACCUCGCCCACCCUCCAACGCAUCUCUCCCACCACCCGCCUCACUUGCCGCAGCCGGCGCAGUUUGGACCUUAUCCGGCGCAGCAGGCUCGAUCGCCUUUACAGAGGAUAGAGAACGACGUGGAGCUGCUGGGGGAGCAUCUUUCUCUGGGUGGUGGGCUCCACUACUCCCCCGCCGCACACCCAGCCCUCACCCCGCACUCGACGCCUCUCCACUUCCUCUCCCACGAGCCCCUGCCACAGGAGUUCUUUGGAGUGUCUUAUCCAAACUUCAUUCCUCGGCGUCUCCCAGGACGGCGGUACCGUUCGCAACAGCUUCCACCUUCGCCUUAUCACCCCAGCCUCCUGCCUUACUUCCUAUCAAUGCUGCCAGUCCAGCCCACAGGUCCUGCAAUCAGCCUGGAGCUGGAUGUAGAUGACGGAGAAGUGGAGAACUAUGAGGCCCUCCUGAAUCUUGCUGAGCGCCUGGGAGAGGCCAAACUCCGCGGACUGACCAAGGGGGACAUUGAACAACUUCCUUCCUAUCGAUUCAACCCAAAUAACCAUCAGUCUGAGCAAACACUGUGUGUGGUAUGUAUGAGUGAUUUUGAGUCCCGUCAGCUGCUGCGAGUCCUUCCCUGCAGUCACGAGUUCCAUGGAAAGUGUGUCGACAAGUGGCUGAGGGCCAACAGGACGUGUCCGAUCUGUCGAGCCGACGCCUCCGAGGUCCAGAGAGACUCAGAGUGACCACAGGAGGGAGCCAUACGCUUUCUGCUGUUGGUCUAACACAUCUAGCACUGCCUGCUCCUGAUAAAUUGAUGCACAUCUGUGUUCUCACACACACACACACACAUAGACACAUGCAGCAUUACCUUACAUGUUGGUGGAGCACUUUAUUCCCCAUAGUUGUUCCUUUCUUUGUUUAAAGUAUUGCAUCGUACAUGUUCUCUUUAAUCCAAUAACUUGUCACACUCCGUUCCUUUCGAUACAUGCACACAGGUCCUCACGUUUAAGUGAAUGACCCACCUUCCUGCAGUACUGUGUGUGUGUGUGUGCGUACGUAGAUGCGUAUGCACCACAGCUGUGCAGACAUUGGUCAGCUCUAUAUUGCAGGGCUUCGGUACAUGACUGUGUUGUCAGUGUGUGUUUGUGUGUGUAGGUGUGGGAUGGAUUGUAGGGAUCCUGGAGCAUGCAUGAAUUGUUCUUCUGUAUUGGAUAAAAGUAACAAUGAUUUUUAAUUUUUUUUGUUUUGUUGUUUUUGCUCUUAUGAUUGACUUUUCUUCCUGUUUUUAUAUGUUUAUGCACUGUCUGUAUGCAUACUCAGUGUGUAUGUAUGUUAUAGACUUUUCUCUAGUUUGACACUAAGGGUCCAUGCUGCCACUGUAUUUCUCAGUUGCCCGUUUGAAAUAUUAUUACUAUUAUUAUUAUUAUUAUUAUUAUUAUUAUUAUUAAAUUACAAAUGCUUUAUAGCACUACUUUGACAUUUAACAAAUAUAUUUUCCUUUCUUUUCAAAGAAAACGUUUGUCUGUGGUUUUGCAGUGGCACAUGUUACAUAUAUCUAUAUAUACUGUAAAAAUAUAUGAAUAUCUAUAUACCAAAUAAAAGGCUUGAUAUGAACUUUUUAAA